AUGCCCCCGCUUUCUCCGUGUCUGCGCGGCACCCUGCUCGCCUGGGUACCCUGCGUGUUCCUGUGGGUGGCGGCACCCUUCGAGUUCUACCGUAUCGCCUGCAGCGAAGACACGCCCCUGCGAUGGUCGGUACUCAGCUCCAUCAAAAUGAUUCUGUCCGCGGCCACUGCGAGCGCGCACCUGUCCAUGCUGCUGUCCGAGGAUGGCCUGCUAAUGGAGGAAUUCACCGGCACCACGUUCAAGCUCUUUACACUGGUGCUCGCCUGUGUGCUGCAGUCAAUGAUGAGGAUGGGUGGCCUGAGUUCGUCGGCAGUACAGUUCGGGUUCUGGCUGCUGUUCUCCACAACGUCCGCGAUAACGUGUAUCAGCAUCUACACGGACACUUUGGAAUACCGGUCGUGGUCAAACAGUGGCGCUCACAUGCACUGCGUCGUCGUGAUCAUGUCCCUCGUCGUCCUCGUGAUGAACUCGUUCACGGACCUGAGCCGCCGCGAAAAGCAGAGGGUGAGAGCACCAGUGACUGAGAGUUCAUUUCCAUCGAGGAUGACGUUCCAGUGGAUGAACCCCCUGAUCGUGAAAGGCUUCCGCACGACACUGACCCAGGACGACAUCCCUGCCAUGGCGGACGACAUGGAUCCCGCGGCUUGUUCAGACAUGCUGCUACGCCACUGGAGGCCAGAGGUGAAGACGGAAGGUCCCGGGGGAGGCAAGAAACUUGUGCACAGGCGCUCGCUGCUGUUCUCCCUGCUCAAAGCAUUUGCAGGUCCCCUCAUCCAGAUCGCUGCGCUAGAGACUAUCUUUUGCGUCGGCAUGUUCGUGCCCAUCUACCUAAUGGACGUUCUCAUCCAAUUCGGCGGCUCGCGGGAACCCACGUGGAAGGGCUACCUGUACGCCGUGCUCAUGGCGCUGGCCAGCGUGUUGGUCAACCUGCUCUACUCGCAAGUGUACUACUUAAGCAGUGUCCUGGCGCUGCGCGUCAAGACUGCCCUCAUAGCCUUCCUGUACCGAAAAGUGCUCACGGCGUGGUCGACGGGUGGCGAGCAGCGCUCGGCCGGUGAGGUGAUCAACAGCAUCACGUUGGAUUCGGACAAGGUGUACCAGGCGGUGCUGUUCGCCGGAGAGCUGUGGGGCGCCCCACUGCGCCUGCUCAUCACAAUGGCCAUGUUGUGGCAGUACCUGGGUCCCUCCUGCCUGGUCGCCGUCGCCGUCGUUCUGGUCGUGCUCUUCGCCUCGUUCUUCUUCGCCCGCAGGGUGCAAGUGGUCCAGACGGCUCAAAUGGAAAAGAAAGACAAGCGAGUCAAAUACGUCCACGAGCUGUUCAGCGGAAUCAAGAUCCUAAAGCUGUACGCGUGGGAAGAGCCGUUCCAGCAACGCGUGGUGGACGUGCGCAAGAGCGAGAUGGAAAUGCUGCGCAAGAUCGCCUUCUACUUCAGCCUCAUGAACUUCGUCUGGAACUGCAUAUCCUUCCUGGUGUCCCUGGUCACCUUCAUGACCUUCCUGUUGGUGGGCUCGCACGGACUGGACCCCGUGACGGCGUUUGUGUCGCUGGCGCUGUUCAACACGCUUCGCUUCUCGCUUCUCCUCAUACCGGACCUCAUCGUCGGCUGUGUAGUCUGCAACGUCGCCAUGGGCCGCAUGAAAGACUUUCUACUGAGUGAGGACGUCGACCCCAAGCAAGUUGGCAGCCAACCGGACCCUGGCGAUGCGGUGACCAUACGCCAGGCGUCGUUCAGUUGGCAUCGGCAGGAGGGACGCAUGGUACUGCAGGACGUGGACGUCCGCAUCGCUCAAGGUCAGCUCGUGGCCGUCGUCGGUCAGGUGGGCUCCGGCAAGACGUCUUUCCUGUCUGCCAUCCUCGGCGAGUUGCGCUGCGUCAAGGGCUCUCUCGACCGAAAGGGAAAGGUGGCGUACGUCGCGCAACAGGCGUGGAUCCAGAACGCCACGGUGCGCCAGAACAUCCUCCUCAAGAGGCAGCACCACGCGUGCUUCUAUGGACGCGUCGUCCAGGCCUGCCAGCUGCAGACCGACCUCGCCGAGCUGGCCGCCGGUGACCAGACCGAACUGGGCAUGCGCGGGGUCAACCUGAGCGGUGGUCAGAAGCAGCGCAUCAACCUCGCCAGGGCGGUGUACCAGAACGCCGAUUUGUACAUUAUGGACGACCCGUUGAGUGCCGUAGAUGCCCAAGUCGGCUCGGCGCUUUUCCAUGGCGUCAUCGGUCCCCGAGGACUUCUCAGAAAGAAGACUCGUGUGCUGGCAACGAACACCAUGUCGGUGUUGCCCCUGACCGACAUGGUGAUAGUCCUGCACGAAGGACGCGUCAAGGAGAUCUACCGGGCCCCGUAUGGCCAGCGGCUGUUCGACAAAGGGCUGGCACUGAACGUGCUCAUUUCGUCCCCGCCGGCGGCGCAUCAGCAGCCGCAUCAACAGCAAGGCGCCACCGACGGUGCCGCGCCCAGGGCUCUGCUUAGAGCUGUGUACGACGAAAAGUGA